UUAUGACAGAGAGAUAACAGAUAUUUUUAGUAAUUUUAAUUCCUGAUAAAAAUCUACUACAUCUUUUACAUACUUUAGUUUCAUAGAAGUGUGAAUGAACUACAUUUGGUAUACUACCUAAAGACACCAUCCAAAAUGGAUGUAGAAACGGAACUUGCUAAAGAAGGCGAUGUAAAGGACACAAUUGUGUCACAAGUGGAAGAUGUAAGAAAUUGCGAAGAGACUACUUUAGAUAAGAAUAAAGAUAGCCCCAAAAAAACUCACAAAACUAAUUCUAAACGUAGACGAAGAAGCAGGUCUAAAACGCCCCAAACAAUGAACGACGAACCUAAAAUUAUACACAUUUCUAUGAAAAAAAUUGAAGAGGAAGCAAGUAACGGAAAUGAAGAAUCCACCGAACAGAACUUAAAAGAAAAUGGGGAAGAAAAUACGGCAGAAUUGAAACCUAUGAAAGAUAAAGUAGCAGACGUAAACGGAUCUAAUGGAGAAGCUAAGAUGAAAGAGGUCAAAAAUGGCGUGGACAAACAGGAAAACGGAUCAAGUAACGGCGUUUCUGAAGAUAAUUCCAAUGACGUUGAAUCUACAGGCAAUGAAUUUAAAGGAUUUAUUGAGAUUGAAGAAGCCAAAGAAGCACUAAUAGAACAAGAGACUGAAAUAAAUGAAACUGUUAAGGAUAAAGAACACUCAGAAAAAGCAGGAUCUCCAAAAAAAUCGAGUCAACAAGAAUCCAAAUCGCCUGAGUCAGAAUCUGUGGAAAUGGAACCUCUUGUUGUUGGAGAUGAGGUAGAAUCGGAGCUACAGUUUCUGGAAGAAAAUUCUGAUAAGGAAUCUGGUAAGGGAUCGCCUGUAAUUCCUAGAUGUUUUACAAGACGAUCUUUCACAAGAAAUAUUCCUACCCCAAGAACUCCAAAAUUAUCCGAUGAUCCAGACUCUGAGAAGAAUUCUGUGACUGAUCAAACUGAAGAGACUAUAUGCAACUUGCCAAACGAUGUCAACAUACCAAAGAUAGAACUGAACGACUCAAGCGAUUCCCUCGAUACUCUCAACACAUCCACAAACGUUGAGGUUGGAGGCAACUCAACACGCUUAGAUUUUACAGAAGCGACAAAUACAAUUACCCCCCCAAAUACAGAAGAAAACCACUUCGAUGAAGCGUAUCGGAAUAAUCUCAGAGCAAGGGUUCUGUCGGCCAGACGGCCGUUACGGAUGACGGACGACUACAGAAAGAAGGUAUUGAUAAAUGCCCAACACAGAUCUGAUCUUCAUUUGCCAUACGAUCUGGAUGAACCGUGCGGUGGUAUUAAACGCAAACUGCGCAGUAUGACACCGGACGCUAAAAAACUGAAACUAGACUCACCAGGAUACACCUCCUUCCUCUCCAACUCUUUCGCCGGUUUCACGACUAGGUUCAGGACUCACGUGGAUGCCAGUACACCAGAACUGAUCAGUUACAAGGACGAGAGGAGUGAUAUUCAUUUUAGUGAUGGUUUGGAAUCGCAGCAGAUAGAAGAUGCUGAAGGAGACGAAAGCAAGAAGUGGUGUUCAGUUAUGUAAGAUGUGGUAGUAGUAUAUAGUAUAAGAUCUGAUUUUCGUACUUGUUUCAUAGAUUAGUUACAGUAAAACAGUAAAUAUACGUGGUAAAAACGUUUUUGUAAUCAUAUCAGGGCGAGUCAAGACAUAGACGGACAGGCAGCGCUGAAAAAUCUCUUUGAAUUUACUAAAGCUAAAUUUUUCACAGUUGAUUACUGUGAUUGUGUAGAGAAACAUACUGCGGUCGGUCAAGCGAAACGUACAACAGGGGUUACUGAGAGGGUAUCAAAGUUGCUUUCCAACGAAGGUAAUUAAAUCCAUUUACUAAGGCUGAAAAUCAGUACACGCAUUCUAAAUUGAAUAUAAAUAAAAGUUAUUAUAGUCGGUCAGCUGUAUGACGGGACAGAGCCGGUCGGUCAACCCCAAUGAAUGUACAGGGUUAUUCACUAUAUUUUGACCCCCUUGUAAACUGCCUUAUUUACAGAAUUAGAAAAAAAUGUAAAAUACAAAAGUUAUUCGAUUUUUAAAUUAUGAUUUUUUGACAUAUAUAUCGAACUAGUGACGUUAUCCAUUUGGGCGUGAUGACGUAAUCGACUAUUUUUUUAAAUGGGAAUAAUAGGGGUCGUGUGCUAGCUCAUUUGAAAGGUUAAUUCAAUUCUCUAUGCAGUACUAUAAACAUUAAUAUCAUUAUUUAUACAGGGUGUCCAAAAUUUUUUUUUUAAUUAUUAAUUAAACAAUUAAUUUAAUUAAAAUUUUUUUUUGGACACCCUGUAUAAUUAAUCAUGUUAAUGUUUAUAUUACUGAAUAGGGAAUUGAAUAACCUUUCAAAUGAGCUAGCACUCGGCCCCUAUUCCCAUUUAAAAAAAAUAGUCGAUUACGUCAUCACGCCCAAAUGGAUGACGUCACUAGUACGAUAUAUAUGUUAAAAAAUCAUAUUUUAAAAAUCGAAUAACUUUUGUAUUUUACAUUUUUUUCUAAUUUUGUAAAUAAAGCAGUUUGCAAGGGGGUCAAAAUAUAGUGAAUAACCCUGUACAUUCACUGGGGCCGACCGACCGGCUAUGUCCCGUCAUACAGCUGACCGACUAUAAUAGCUUUUAUUUAUAUUUAAUUUAGAUUGUGUGAUUUUUAGCCUUAGUAAAUGGAUUUAAUUACCUUCGUAAGAAAGCAACUUUGAUACCAUCUCAGUAACCCCUGUUCUACGUUUUGCUUGACCGAGCGCAGUAUGUUUCUCUACACAAUUACAGUAAUCAACUGUGAAAAAUCUAGCUUUAGUAAAUUCAAAGAGAUUUUUCAGCGCUGCCUCUUGGGACUAACAUCUCUACAACAAUUUUCCAUCAAUAUUAGCAUUAUUUAGUUUUCAAUAGUUGGUAUUUCUUUCGUCUUAAGUUUCUGCAUUUAUAGUUAAAACAUGUGGUGGAAUUUUACUUUAAUCUCCACUAUUGUUGAGAAAAAGUUUAUUUGAAUGCCAUGGCAAAUAUUUAAGGACCAUGGUACUGUGAAAAAGAGAGGUUUUCCUUCGAUAUCAAUAGCGGCCUUCAAAGAGCGUGGUUCAAAAGGUUUUUGGUUUUAUAAUGUUGUACUUAAGUUGAGAAUAAAAAAUAACUAGGACGAAGUGAAGAGUCUAAUAAAAUUGUCAAUUUUUCCGGCUUAAAAGAGCGAGAGAGAGCCUCAUCACCGCACACCGCAUUCUUCGUUUGUGAGAGAGGAACACACUUGCUUAGCGAACUUGAGGCAAAUUGUCCUUAAUUUUGGCUAUAUACAUUUUUACAGGCAUUUAUUUGAAUACUAGUACACUUUAGAAGACCAAAAAUAAUCAUUUUUUUCUCAGAACCUUUAUCAAAAAUGAACAUAUAACUUUUUACAUAUUAAUAUCUAACUCUUAGAGAGUACAAAAAAUAUAUCUUUUUUCAUUUAUGCACGUACACUAAUAUUGUAGAGGUCGCAAAAGUCGAGGCCUGGAAAAAUGAUAGCGGACAGUUAAUCUCAGGAUUGGGAUAUCUGAAACAAAAAAAUCGUACUGCAUUUGAAAAAGGAAGGUUUCUUACGUUACAAUUUACCACAAUUUGGCCAAAAAAUAAAAAUAAAUAUUUUUUAACCGUGAAAACUGAAGAAAAACGGGCGAUUUUUUCACAAAUUUUUUUAAAUUUCCGUAAAAUCUUUUUUUGCGGAAUUUUUCAUUAACGGUGGUAAAUUGUCACGUAAGAAACCUUCUUUUUUCAAAUGCCAUACGAUUUUUUUGUUUCAGAGAUCCCAAUCCUGAGAUUAACUGUCCGCCAUCGGAACUACUUUUUUUCGAGGCCUCAAAUUUGGCGUCCUACAGUAUUAGUGUACGUGCAUAAAUGAAAAAAGAUAUAUUUUUUGUAUUCUCUAAGAGUUAGAUAUUAAUAUGUAAAAAGUUCUAUGUUCAUUUUUAAUAAAGGUUCUGAGAAAAUAAAAUCUUGAAAAAAUGCUUAUUUUUGGUCUUUUAAAGUAUACUAGACCCUAAUAGGACACAUGUGUUUUUGUAUAUAACACAACGCGUUCCCACUUGAAAUCGAAAAUAUUUAUCUUUAAACUGUACAGUCUAUUCCAAAAGAUUCAAAAUACUAUAUUUAUAAAACAAAAUUAAAUUAAUUUUUAAUUUAAAUUGUUGUUUUUACAACAUGGUCUUUAUUACAUUUUAAAAAUAAUCGUGACAAAGUAUUUUCAUUUCGAGGUUAUGGUAACAUCAAUACAUCAAUCAAACCCAUUAAUAGUCUAUAUAAUUUUCGAUUAUCUAUAUGCGUUACCUUGAGGAGCCUACAUGAUCUAUUGUCGUGAACUGCGCAUGUUCGUGAAUAGUGCGGUGAUUAAAAGCAUUGUAGGAACUAUAUACCCACCAUGUCUUUAAUCCGUUAAUUGUAAUUGAUUUUUAGGUAAACCUUAAAACCAAAAGUUCUUGCUUAUUCGAUUAAAAGCUUAUUGCGUUCUAAUCAAAGAUAUUAUACACGGUAGAUUAGGCUAGUCAUAUGCCACUCAAUGCAUCGAGGUGUAACGCCGACAUAGGAUUGAGUGGUCUAGCUAUCUUUGUCGGUCACUUGCGCGGGGUCGCUUAGUUAAAAGAGAUAGAUAGACCACCGAUCGACUGUUUCCAUGCUGUUUCCGCGUUACGCUUUUUUUUUUGAGUAUGCCGUGUAAGCUACCCUUGAUAUGUCUCUGGUUCUAAUACGUUUUGGCAGCUGUCAACUGUCAUUGGUUGAUAUUUGUACCAACUGGUAUCAAUAAGUGAAAGGGUUCCCGCAUAGAGUUCUUUCUCUGCUUUGUUUAAGUUUCUGGAAAAUUAUUAAUGUUUUACUUUGUUUCCAUGAUAACUUUUCACCUGGGGAUGAUGGUUGACAGUUUGUUGGCACCUGUCAACUGUCACUGCUGGACAUUCUUCAUAAGCUGAUAUCAAUAUGAAAAGGUCACAAAAUAUGUCAAUCUGGUAACCAAAAAUACAGAGAUUUCUUGUAUCUUUGUUCAAACAUCUGAAAAACUAUAAAUUUUGGACUUUAUGUCCAUAACUUUUGCUCUGGAGAAUGAUGGAAGAUACAUUUUUGGCAGGUGUCAAGUGUCAUUGGUGCAAUUGAUCUUAAGCUGGUAGCAUUUACAGGAAAGGUCACUAAAUCUUAUAACAGGCACCAAAAUAAAGAAAGUUCUCACAGAUUUGUUAAAAUAUCUGGGAAACCGUAGUUUCCCAGAUUUUAUUCCAAUUGGUAGUAGUAAAAAUUGUUCAUAAGCUGGUAUCAGUAAUUAAUAAAGUCUUUUUCGGAAAUAUAUGUCUUGUUAAAAUAUUUGGAAAACUAACAAUUGUGAACUUUUUGUCAAUGAGAAUUAUUAUGGAGGAUAGGUGGACAAGAUUCAUCAGCUUCAUCAAUUUUGACUUACCCUCUCUUCAACAGACUAGCCUAGUCUUUAAUUGUAUACAACUGUAUUAUCAGUUUAUUCAUUUUGAUUGUUGUAAAUUUCUCGCCACAUUGUUGUUUUUAUUUGCAAAAUGCGCCCAUUGAGUAUACUAAACUGAAGUUUAAAUAUCUCAAAAAAAUUUAAAAUGAUUUACCAGUUAUUGGUUAAUGUUAAUAUAAAAAUAACAUCUUUUGUUACUUGCAUUACAUCAUAUCACUAGGAUUCAGAUCUGCAAUAUUUUUUGUUUUUUACAAAUUGUUAGUUCGUUUUUCAUCACAUUAAUGUUUUUUAUAUUUGUACUGCUGUAUUACUGUUUAGUUCGAAUGUUUGUAUAUUCAAUCUACUUUUUAUAAUCAACUUAGUUUCACAUUUAAUUGUAUUAUGUUUACUUCCCUUUUUUAAUACUUUGUAAGUUUUUACUCAAUUUGAUAUUGUUCCAAAAUCUUCAAAGAAACGUUAUACCUUUUAUUUUGUUAAAAAAGUUAGAUUUGUUUUAAAGUCUGUACGUUUAUAGUCAAUAUAAGGACUUAUAACGUG